CUUCAUAGAAACAGAUAUCCUAUCAUCAAAAGAUGGUGUUCUUAUGUUUCCAUGAUGUCACUCUUGACGAAACAACCCAUGUUGCAGAUCACAAAGAGUUUUCGAAUCGUAAAAGGACCUAUGAUGUUCAAGGGGUCAACACCACAGGCUUUUUCCCUGUUGAUUUCACUCUAGAAGAAUUAAAGAAGUUACGGGUGAAGCAGCGGUACGAAUUCCGGGAUCAGCAGUAUAAUGGGAAGUUUCAGAUUAUUACUUUUGAGGAGUUCAUUUCAUUUGCACUGGAUGCACCAAGAGUCGGAAUUUAUCCCGAGGUUAAAAAUCUGGUGUUUAUCAACCAGCAUAAUGGACUGGUUUUCUGUAAAAUGGCCAAAUGGAAAGAGAUUGAGGACAAGGUUGUGGAGGCACUUAAGAAGUAUGGAUACAAAGGUUCAUACAUGUCAAGAUUGGCUGGAUAA